AUGAAUAUAGCAACCGAAGUUAAGAAUGACCCAGAACCUAAGGAUGAUGGUUUGCCAAUCAAGAGGGAGAGGCAUGGAACUGUAGCAAGCCUUGUGCAGCGCAUGAGCACCUACGGUCUUCCAGCAGGAGGAUUUCAACCCCAUCCUCAAUCCAAAAGCUUCAAAAAGAAGUUAAAGAAGCGGCAGUGUAAAGUGCUGUUUGAGUAUAUUCCACAGAACGAGGAUGAACUGGAGCUCAAGGUGGGGGAUGUUAUUGACAUUAAUGAAGAGGUAGAAGAAGGCUGGUGGAGUGGAACACUAAAUGGCAAGUCAGGAUUAUUUCCUUCAAACUUUGUAAAAGAAUUAGAAUUGACAGAUGAUGGGGAAACACAAGAAGUCCUGGAGGACACAGAGUCUCUUGUCACUGGCUCUCCCUCACCUGUGGCCUCUCCAGGGAAUGGAAAUGAACCUGGAGCUGGACCAAUAGCACAGCCAAAGAAAAUCCGAGGAGUUGGGUUUGGCGAUAUCUUUAAAGAAGGUUCAGUGAAACUUAAAACGAGAUUACCCAAUAACGAUUCAGAGGAGAAAAAGCAAGAUAAGCCACUACCUAACCUUCCACCGGGACCAAAACUAACCCAGUUUCCUAGUGUAACAAAAGCAGAACCUGCAGUAGAUGUAACAAAAGUAGAAACUGAAAGCAAACCAAAAGUCAAGGAAUAUUGCAGGACUUUAUUUGCCUUUGAUGGUUCAAACGAAGAUGAACUUGGUUUUAAAGAAGGCGAGAUUAUCCAGAUCAUAAGUAAGGAUACUGGAGAACAAGGAUGGUGGAAAGGAGAGCUUAACGGUAAAGAAGGAAUCUUCCCAGACUACUUUGCUCUUCAAAUACAAGAGUCUGAUAAGGACUUUCCAAAGCCAAAGAAGCCACCACCACCUGUUAAAAGUCCAGCUCCUAAGCCUGAACUUCCAAUAGGAGAGAAGAAGUUUCUUUCUUCUAGACCUGAAGAAAAAGAUGAAAAGGGAGCUCUGGAUCAGAAGCCUUCUAAGCCAGUAGCUCCCCAAGUACCACCCAAAAAGCCUGUUCCUCCAAGCAAGAAUACUAAUGUAUUUAAAGCUGGGCUUCUGCAUCCAAAACGACCAGAUAAACCAGUCUUACCAUCACCUGUGUCCAAAUCUAAUGGGGAAGUGGUUUCCCUUCGACCGAAAUCUGAAAUUGAGCCACUAAUAAAACCAAAGUUAGAUUCUGAACAUUUACCGCUUAGACCAAAAUCAGUAGAGGUAGAUUCAGUUGCAGUAAAGAGCUCUAAAGAACCAGAUCUUUUAAGUUUUGAUGUAAUAGCUACCUCAGAUAAUCUGUCACACCCUACUGCAAGCAGACCAAAGAUGCCUGGCAGGAGGCUGCCUACUCGUUUCAACGGCAAUCAUUCUCCAACUCAAAAUGAGAGUACAGAAAAAAUUGUGAAGGAGCAUAAAGAGGAGGAAGAAAGUGCCAAGCCAAAGCCAUCUGAAGUUAAAAAGUCACCUGUGUUCACUUCAACACCUCUAUCUUCAUCUCCAAGACCAAAUUCUAUUCUACUCAGUUCUGCUCCUGGAGAAAUCACAGUUAAAGACCAAACAGAAGGGGGCGGAAAUUCUGUGGACGAUCUCAGGAUUCAGAUUAAUGAGUUGUUGAGUAUUGUAGAAGCACUGAAAAAGGAUCAUAGCAAAGAACUGGAAAAACUAAAAAAAGAUUUGGAGGAAGAGAAAAUGAUGCGAAGUCUCCUAGAGGCUGAAAUAGAAAAGCUGAAGAAAGCAGUCAUGUCUACAUGA